GCGAUUAUGUUCUUACUUCUGAAGAUCUUUCAAGUUCAUCUCCUUUGUUAAUUUAUACUGCUACCAUGGUACCUAAUUCAUAUAUUCCUGAUAAUCAAGGUGGACAAGAAAGUUUUGUAAUGGCGAGACGGUUAUAUAACGGAGUCACUAAUAAUAAAAAUAUUAAGUCAAAACCUUCAAGUACUACAAGUAAUACAAGAGUAACUUCAGAAGUUGAACUUGAUAUACAUCUUGACAGUAUUGAAGAAAAAAUUAAUCCACGUAACCUGUUGGAUAAUAAACAUUCAAAUGAUAAAACCACAUCUUUUAAUUUUGCUGACCUUAUUUUACAAAUCCAAAAAAGGACUCCUUCCGCUAGAACAACCUACGUGGAACCCUCCUCGUCAACUGCCAAUUGUGAAUCUUCAUCUCAGAAUACAAAUCAAAGUAUUCCUUCUCGUGUGACUCAUGUUGAAGAUGAAGAUGAUACCUUUAUAAGUGAUAAUGAUUCUAUUAAGCCUUCUCAUGUUCAAUAG